UUGGUAAAGAUGGUAAUGUAGAGGAAGUAAGUGAAAUAAGACCAGGUGUUGAAUUUGUAACUUUAAAUGAAGAAGGAUUAGAGAGAAAAGAUGUAGAUAGGAGGUCAAUAGUAUUAAUAAAGGGUUGA